AUGAAUUUGAGCUACGAGGAAGUUGCACGCAGCCAAACCAGCCUAAUCAGCACUUUUCCUGCUAAGGUUGCCGACUGCUUGGAAGGUUACGCUGCCAAAUUAAUGCUCCAUUUUGGUCUUCAGCGUAUUGAUUUGGUUGGCGAAGGCAUAAUACCAUCAGCAUUUACCUUCGCUUCUGUUCUUCCUCCAAGUUUUGCUUCUUUUGCGGAUAAUGAAUUGGAAGAAGCAUGUAAGCGGUUGGAUCUCCGGCCAAGUGAAAAAAGAGAAAUGUGUAUGGGAGAAAAAGAAAAGACGGACCGAUUAAGCCUAGUGUGCAUGCAAAAGGAAAAAAUUCAGGUUAGAAUUUGA